AUGGAUAGUGAAUUAAAUGUAACAUAUGUAACUCUUGGUGGGCAUGUUGAAGUGGACAAAUAUAGAUAUGUUUAUUUUUUGAUCAUGUUCAUAGUAUAUAUUCUAAUAAUCUGCAGUAAUUCUACCAUUGUGUACCUUAUCUGGUUUCACCAAAGCCUCCAUGAGCCUAUGUACAUUUUCAUUGCAGCUUUGUUAAUGAACUCUCUUCUUUUCAGCACUAAUAUCUACCCAAAGCUUUUGAUUGACUUUUUAUCUGAAAAACAGACCAUAUCUUAUUCAGCCUGUCUCUUUCAGUGUUUUCUAUAUUACUCUUUAAAUGGUUCAGAAUUCUUACUGUUGGCAGCCAUGUCGUAUGACAGAUAUGUGUCUGUAUAUAAACCUCUGCAAUAUCACACGAUCAUGAAGAAAGAAACUGUCCGUAUCUUUCUGGGUGUAGCUUGGUUUGUGCCUGCUUGUCAGAUUGCAGUUCCAGUAGCUCUUAAUGUUAAUACUAAACUCUGUAAUUUUACUUUGAAAGGAAUCUUUUGCAAUAACUCAAUUUACAAACUUCACUGUGUGAGCUCAAUAGGACUCUCUGUGUAUGGUGUGAUGGUUUUGUUGAAUGUUACACUUCUCCCUGUGCUUUUCAUAAUCUUUACAUACUCAAAGAUAUUCAUAGUUACAUACCACAGUGGCAGAGAAGAGAGGAUGAAAGCUGCACAGACCUGUAUACCUCAUCUGUUGGUUUUAAUCAGCUUUUCUUGUUUUAUUACCUAUGAUGUCAUUAUAGUUAAACUGGAAUCUGAGUUUCCAAAAACUAUACGUUUAAUUAUGACUUUACAAUCAAUUUUUUAUCAUCCUCUCUUAAAUCCAAUCAUCUACGGACUAAAAAUGAAAGUAAUUUAUAAACAUCAAGAGGUUGUUCUGUCAAAGAAACUGGAACUAAUAAUAAACAAAUGUUUGGUUCUGUGUUCUGUAAUAAUAAUGUAG